UUCGCUCCACAGAUAUUCGAUAAAUCGAUACUAACGGUAGUGACUGGCCCAGCUCUAUUAACCGCAGCCAACUUCACGCGCCUUGUUCUUUUUUCCGGUUGACUUUAACGAGAAAGAUGCCAGGCGUCACAGUGAAGGAUAUUGACCAGCACGCGGUUACCAAGGCGGUCGCCGUCUUCUUGAAGAAGACUGGCAAGUUGAAGGUGCCCGACCAGAUGGACAUCGUCAAGACCGCCAAAUUCAAGGAGCUGGCGCCCUACGAUCCCGACUGGUUCUACGUGCGUUGCGCCUCGAUCCUGCGCCACCUGUACCACCGCAGUCCCGCUGGAGUCGGUUCCAUCACCAAGAUCUACGGCGGACGCAAGCGCAACGGUGUCCACCCCUCGCACUUCUGCCGCGCCGCCGAUGGUGCUGCCCGCAAGGCUCUGCAGGCCUUGGAGCACGCCCGUUUGGUCGAGAAGCACCCGGAUGGUGGCCGCAAACUGAGCUCCAUUGGACAGCGGGAUUUGGACCGUAUUGCAAACCAGAUCGUGUUCAAGCAGCGCGAUGCCGCUAAGCAGACCGGGCCCCUUGUUAUUUCCAAGUAAUCACACUGCGCCCCUUCGAAUUCUAAAAACACAUUUUUUAGACUUCUAUUGUAAGCGCUUUUUGUUUGCACGAGAGAGAUGAGAAAAUAAAACCAACCACAAUUUGUAAAAGUCUA